AUGGUGAAUGAGGUUUCUGCAUCGUUAUCGCCCGACCGGUCGGAGUCCAAUCCGAUAAUUCACGCGGUGCCGUUUGAAAAUACCGACGCCCCUCUUGCAAUCCAGCCGGGCUCGGUGCCCACAGCCGAUGCGCCAAUAGCCUCCAAUGGCCGAUCUUUAAGCACAAGCGCUGCGUCUGGUCCAAGUCAUGAUCAUGCAUCCGCGCUUAUGUUCUCGCGGCUCGUGCCAUCCGUGUCCGUUGGAGAUGAAACUCGAACAAUUCGGUCGGAGGGCGCGCCCUCCUUGCGCAGCGUGCCCAGCAUUGUUGUGAAUGAACCAGGUUCCCGUCCCAGCUCGCGGCCAGGCUCAAGGCCGGGCUCAAGGCCGGGCUCUCGAUGGUCAGAAAGGAAGUGGGGUGGUUUAAGGAAACGGUCACUCGAAAUGGAGAGGAAACUUGGCUUGGAAGAGGCUCCGCCAGUGCCUCAAAUCGAGCACUCCUUCACUGGUAUCCCCUUGGAUAUACCGAAAGCCUCUUUGGAUGGUUUGGAUAAGUCGAUGAAGUUUUCCAAUCGUGGAAGUCUGAUCAAGGGUCAGGCGACACGUCCGCACCCAAUGCCACCUCAGGGGAAGCUUGGAGAGCACCCCGACCAGCAACCAGACCAAAUGCCCCGGGAGAAGCUGGACGAGCACUUCGAGCAGCCACUACAACAACCGCCCAAGAAGAAAUUGGACGAGCACUUCGAGCAGCAACCAGAACAACUGCCCCAGGAGAAGCUGGGCGAGCACUUCGAGCAACAACCGGAACAAUUGCGCCAGCAAAAGCCAGAAGAGGAGGAACCCCGUCAAGAACUCGGCCAGCCAGCUCAGGAAACAUCGGAAGAUACUUGUGAUCAACGGUUGGACCGACAGGGAUCUAAAAUUGCUCCGCCCCCUCCGAAUAUCAUAAGCCAGUCCGAAGGAGAAAAGGGAAUGCCGAAAGCUGUUCCACGACGCACCAAACCCCAGGGCACUCUUCGCCCGAGGCAGACUAGUCUUCCGAGCAGAGCAAUAUCGGCAGACGAAGACAUGCUGUCCCGGCGAGUUCGGCUGAUGUAUGAGAAGGGCGAAGAGAAUGUUACCGACUCCGAGGUUGCGAAAGCAUUGGCCUCCGAACACGGGGUCUUGUGGGAAGAAGGUGCAGCCCCGGAUACUGAAACCUCUGAAACACUCGCUGCUCAGACGAAUAAAACUGGAAAUGGAACAAAACCAAGGGCCUCUGCUGAAGUGGAGCGCGUCCGAAUUAAGAGGGAAACCCAGGAGUUAGCAGGUGGUGCUGAAUAUUGGCAAAAUGUCGGCGCAGAAGAAGUCGAUCGGUAUGGCUUCAUUCGACCUGCAAAGAACGCCAAGGGCUCCGAGAUCAACCCGCUCCAGCGAGUCACGACCAGCCUUCUGCUGGCUUCUGAAACACCUCGGCGGAAACGUUCAAUUCGCCCACCAACCGCUCCGGCCAGCAACCGUUCUUUCAACGGUCCGUCUCUAGUCCGCAAAAUAUCCCAAAGUUCCCUGGGCGCCCGUCCAUCUUCAUCACAAAGCAACUAUGGUCCACCAUUGCGCCGUACGACAUCCCGCUUGCGUACGGCGACCAAUCAUCUGCCUCACAACCGAGACCGAAAAGCCAAGGAUGAGGCGGCUGACAUGCUCACUCUGCCCACUCCAUCUGCUGGCGAGAAUGAAGAUGCGCCGAUUACUCGCGCAAUGCGAAGGAAGGAGUGGCAGCGUGAAGACAAGUGGACCAAGAUGGCCAAGCCGACCAAGAAGUCCAAGGACGGCGGCGGUAUGACCUUUGAGUUCGAUACUCAGAGCUCAAAACUGAUUGAGCGAACUUGGAAAGGCAUUCCAGAUCGAUGGCGGUCAACUGCCUGGUACUCAUUCCUUGAAGCCAGUGCUCGACGCCACAAGGGAAGCCCGCCUGCGGACGAGCUCAUCGAAGCCUACAAUGAGCUCCAGUAUAUCUCAUCGCCGGACGAUGUCCAGAUUGAUAUCGAUGUCCCGCGGACUAUCUCCAGUCAUAUCAUGUUUCGGAGACGCUAUCGGGGUGGCCAAAGACUAUUGUUCCGUGUCCUUCACGCUAUGUCACUAUAUUUCCCUGACACGGGCUACGUACAGGGAAUGGCAACUCUCGCGGCUACAUUACUGGCGUAUUACGACGAGGAACAUUCUUUUAUUAUGCUCGUCAGAUUGUGGCAGCUGCGAGGUCUGGAAGAGCUGUACAAAUGCGGAUUUGCUGGUCUAAUGGAGGCCUUGGCAGACUUUGAACGAGAGUGGCUCGCUGGAGGUGAAGUGGCCGCGAAACUGAACGAGGUCGGAAUCCCACCCACAGCCUAUGGCACUCGCUGGUACCUUACUCUCUUUAAUUACUCGAUCCCCUUCCCGGCUCAACUUCGGGUGUGGGAUGUCUUCAUGCUCCUUGGAGAUGCCGAAGACAAUACUGGCCGUCCCGCAACCUUAGGAAAGAACAAAUCGCCCCUUCCUGAUAACCCAAGGACAUUUGGUCAAGGACUUGACGUCUUGCAUGCUUCAUCUGCUGCCCUUAUUGAUGGCAUGCGUGAUAUCAUCCUCGAGUCCGACUUUGAGAAUAUCAUGAAAGUUCUCACCAGCUGGGUUCCCAUAAAAGACACCGAAAUGUUCAUGCGUGUCGCUAAAGCGGAAUGGAAAGUCCAUCGUCGCAGGAAAGCCUCUUAA